AUGCGCGGGACUGGAAGUUUUGGGAUGCCCACUGCCGGGACGGCAGGAGUCCUCUCGCUCGUCCUUCUCCUGUCCGGGAUUACGGGACGCAUUGGCGGCGUGCAAGCGUUCGGCGACGAGGUGGAGGAGAUGACAUGCGACCCCAUCCGUAUCUCCAUGUGCCAGGGCCUCGGCUAUAAUGUCACCAAAAUGCCCAAUCUCGUUGGCAACGUGCUGCAGUCGGACGCCGAGCUCCAGCUGACCACGUUCACGCCACUCAUACAGUACGGCUGCUCCAGUCAACUAAAGUUCUUCUUGUGCUCCGUCUAUGUGCCGAUGUGCACGGACAAGGUGCCUACCCCCAUUGGCCCGUGUGGCAGCAUGUGCCUGUCCGUCAAGCGAAAGUGCCUGCCUGUACUCAACGAGUUUGGCUUCAUAUGGCCUGAGGUGCUCAACUGCAGCCUCUUCCCGCCACAGAACGACCAGAACCACAUGUGCAUGGAGGGGCCGGGGGAUGACGAGGCGCCCUACCACCCCGUCCGACCCAUCUCCCCCCAGGAGGAGGAGUGCCAGGCGCUGGGCUCCACGCCCGACCAGUACGCCUGGGUGAGGAGAAGCCACAGCUGCACCCUGCAGUGUGGCUACGACAGCGGGCUGUACCGCCGAGGGGCCAAAGUCUUCACGGACGCGUGGAUGGCCGUCUGGGCGGUGCUGUGCUUCCUUUCCACCACCCUCACCGUCCUCACCUUCCUCUUGGACUCCCAGCGCUUCUCCUACCCCGAAAGGCCCAUCAUCUUCCUCUCCAUGUGCUGUAAUCUGUACAGCAUUGCCUACCUGGUGCGGCUGACUCUGGGCCGGGAGCGGGUGUCCUGUGACCUGGAGGAUGCAGCGGUACCAGUGCUGGUGCAGGAGGGGUUAAAGAGCACAGGCUGCGCUAUUGUUUUCCUCCUGCUCUACUUCUUUGGCAUGGCCUCCUCACUCUGGUGGGUGAUCCUGACCCUGACUUGGUUCUUGGCUGCUGGUUUGAAGUGGGGCCACGAGGCCAUUGAGAUGCACAGCUCCUAUUUCCACAUAGCAGCCUGGGCCAUUCCAGCUGUUAAGACCAUUGUCAUCCUCAUCAUGAGGCUGGUGGAUGCAGAUGACUUGACAGGGCUCUGCUAUGUUGGCAACCAGCAGCAGGAGGCCCUCACCGGCUUUGUAGUGGCACCGCUGGCCACAUAUCUCCUCAUAGGCACCCUGUUCAUCUGUGCUGGACUGGUGGCGCUCUUCAAGAUCCGCUCCAACCUGCAAAAGGACGGGGCCAAGACGGACAAGCUGGAGCGUCUGAUGGUGAAGAUUGGUGUGUUCUCUGUCCUCUACACGGUCCCGGCCUCCACCGUCAUCGGCUGCUACCUUUAUCAGCUCUCCAACUGGGGAGACUUCAGGACCAGUGCCCGGGACUCGUACGUGGCAUCUGAAAUGCUGCGGAUCUUCAUGUCCCUGCUGGUGGGCAUCACCUCAGGCAUGUGGAUUUGGUCAGCGAAGACCCUUCACACCUGGCAACGCUGCUCCGUCCGCCUUCUCCGGGACGGCAGAGCAGCCAGGGGGGGCAAGAGAGCACCGGGUGAAGGCUGGAUCAAACCAGGGAAAGGCAAUGAGACCGUGGUGUGAGAAGAGGUGGAGAGAGGCGGAAGAGAGAGAACGUACAGCGGGAAAAAAAACGAGGAAAGGAGGAUGGACAGUAACAGAGACAGACCCUCCAUCUGCACUCCUUCCCGCUUCUCUGCCACUUAAAGACUCGUAUUGCAAAAGGAUAGAUGAAGAGGAGAGAGAAAAGGUCUGAAGGAGCAAAUAUGGGAAGAUGAGAGGGAGAUGAGGAAUGUAACAUAGCAGGAGUUUCUCACAAAACCCCUGCCGCUGCAGUGCCACCUGGAUUGUUCGCUGAGAGUCCACAUGUCCCAGUACUGAGCCUGGAUCCCCUCUCCCAGGUGCCCUAUACGCCUCCAGUGACCGAGUUUGCUGAGAUGGGGGUGAGAUUGGGAUUGAAUGAAGGUGGAGAGAUGGCAGAGGAAGGAAAAGGGAUGAACAGAUAAACAGAAGAGCAGCGCCACUAGUUUCUCUACCUCUGCCAAGACUUUAAUGGGUUAAAGAAAUGGCGAAAGACAGAGGCGACGGGGAAGGAGCGAUAGAAGUAGUAUAGAGAUGCUAGAUAAAUUAACAAAACCACUAAGCUGCCCCGCAUCUACCUCUCCAUCUCUGUCUCUUCCUGCACCACCGAGGAAGCCUGAAGGAACCCACAGCUGAGGAGACCGAACUCGCCGGUUCCACUGACCUUUAUGCCAUUGUGCCUUUUGGAGGGCCUUCUGACAGGUUGAAAUUUUACACUGGAGAGUCCGGUUGCAGAUCGCAUACAUCUGGGCUGAGGUUUCCCAAAAAACCCCACCUGAUGACCAAGAUAACCUUUGUCUCAUUGGGCUUGCCUCUAUUGUUGAUACUUUGCUGUGUCUGGAACCGUAAAAGACGAUGACAUACAAGACCAAAAGUAAACAAGUCAAAUGCGUGCAAUGAAUUGGAAGUGCAGUUUAAUCUGCAGCUGAAAGAAAAAUACGCAUAA